GUGAAGUUUGGUGGGGACAAAACUCGCCACUCUUAUUUAUAGCACGGCCGUUCUUCGUUGUGACGAGAACGUUUUAACAACUUUUGCCGAUUUUUCAAAACUAUAAAAAAAAUCUCAAAAGUGCGAGAAUACAGUCGGAGAGAUGGAUUUGUAAACAAUCUAUAAAUUGGGCCAAAACAAAUCAGAAAGAAAGAGACCGUUCGACUGAGAUCAACAAGUGGUCGUCGCUUUUGCUUUCUCCGACAACGGUUCUACGACUCUGCGAUGAAAACUAUGCCUGGCCCUUUUCUCAGCGGAUUUGAUUUUGGCAUGUUGCACGUCACCACUGCUCCAGACCACUAUGUGGAACUUAAUGUUAUUGGAAAUGGUGCUUAUGGUACUGUAUACAAGGCAAGAAGGAGAGGAGAUCCCAAUUCGGUGGUUGCCAUGAAAAAGAUUAAGGUGCCACUUUUAGAUGAAGGUUUGCCAUUGUCAACGCUGAGAGAAAUCGCAACUUUGAAGCAUCUCGAUCAGUACGAGCACCCUAACAUUAUAAGACUUUUGGACAUAUGUCACGGCAAGCGGAUGGAAAAACAGCUCGUCCUCUAUCUUAUAUUUGAACACGUUGAACAAGACUUGUCCACUUAUAUGCAGCGAUGCCCUCCUCCUGGACUGCCCUCUUGUAAAGUGAAGAAUCUCAUGCGCCAAAUUUUAUGUGGAAUCGAUUUCUUGCACAGCCAUCGAAUUUUGCAUAGAGAUCUCAAGCCACAAAAUCUUCUUAUUACAAAUAAUGAUCAGGUAAAACUAGCAGAUUUCGGCCUUGCCAAGACGUAUGACUUUGACAUGAGGUUGACUUCAGUUGUGGUAACCCUGUGGUACAGGAGCCCUGAAGUGCUUUUGGGCUGUCCUUAUGCUACACCCGUUGACAUAUGGUCUGUUGGUUGCAUCAUGGCAGAAAUGAUUAAAGGAAGCCCAUGGAGUCCAUUAUUCGAUGGUACUUCUGAAGGUGACCAGCUUGCAAAAAUUUUCAGUAUAAUCGGCACCCCAAGAGAAGAAGCCUGGCCCGAAGACGUUUCUAUAUCAUUAAGUUCUUUUAUUGUCCAACCUGCAGUUGAUAUGCAAACUGUUAUUCCUAAUAUUUGCAGUAAAGGAAAGGAUUUAUUAGAGAAAAUGUUGAAAUUCAAUCCACAGGAUAGGAUUUGUGCAGCCGAUGCUAUUAGGCACGAUUACUUCACAGAAAAUGAGCCCUCGCCUUCCGAGAUGGUAGCUCAUGUUGCUUCACAGACGAAUCUUGAAAAUUGAGAGUUGGCAGUUUACCUCUACGAAUGUUUUUCAACUGAGUUGAAAACAGUUAUAGCUUGGAUUCCUUUAACAUGUUCAACGAGGCAGACCUUCAGGGAAGCCAAGUAUUCCAAUCGGUAAGUCGACUGACUUCAGGCAGGACAAAAUGAAUAAAAAAAUCUGCCAGGGAGGGUGAAAUUUACAAUUCCAGCCUGCAUUGAAUGUGUUACAACACAAAUUAAAGCUGUGAAAAAAUUGUAUAAUUAUUAAAUUUUAAAAUUAAGAUUGCUUAAAGAUCAUUAACUACCUUUUUCUGUAAGCAGACCCAUAAGAAAGCCCAUGUCCAUGAUAAUGUUAUUACUGUUAGUUUUUGUUCUAUUAAAAAAAAAUAAAUUGAAAAAUAUUCAAUUAA